GUAUUACGGUAAUUUGAAAAAAAAAAAAAAAAGGAUAAAACCUCCUGCGCCUCUUCUCCAGUCUUUACGGUGAUGCUGUGACCCAUGUGUCCGGAAAAGGCUCCGCUUGUUCUGCUCCUGUUUGGUGACAGAGAGAAGCUCCGGAGGAGCAGCUGGAGAGUUGUAGAGCUUGGGUCCGGCUGGUGUGACGGGGGCCGGGCGGGGAGAACCGGGGAAGCCCGGGUGUGAAACAUGGGCCUCCUGGCCAGGGUCCGGAAGGAAUGGUUCAUCAUCGGCAUCGUGCUGGUCAUCUUAUCGGCCAAACUGCAGCCCAGCUUCGGCGUCAGAGGCGGUCCAUUAAAACCAGAGAUCACCAUCGCCUACGCUGCCGUCUCACUCAUCUUCUUCAACAGCGGCCUGUCGCUGAAGACGGAGGAGUUGACCAGCGCGCUGCUCCAUGUUCGCCUCCACCUCUUCGUUCAGUCCUUCACUCUCGUCUUCUUCCCGCUGGUCGUCUGGCUGCUGCUCAAAGUGCUCGCACUCACCGCCAUCGACCAAUGGCUGCUCAGAGGAUUGCAGACGGUGAGCUGUAUGCCCCCUCCGGUGUCGUCAGCCGUUAUUCUCACCAAGGCUGUUGGAGGCAACGAGGCUGCAGCCAUCUUUAACUCGGCGUUUGGCAGCUUCCUGGGAAUCAUCGUGACUCCGGUGCUGCUGCUGCUGUUUCUGGGCUCGUCCUCCUCCGUUCCCUUCUCCUCCAUCUUCUCUCAGCUCUUCAUGACGGUGGUGGUUCCUCUGAUCCUGGGUCAGGUGUGUCGUGGUUUCCUCAGGGAGUACCUGGAGCGGCGGAAGCUUCCGUUCGGCGCCGUCAGCAGCGCCGUCCUCCUCAUGAUCAUCUACACCACCUUCUGCGACACCUUCAGUAACCCCAACAUCGAGCUGGACCCCACCAGCCUGCUGCUGGUCAGCCUCAUCAUUUUCUCCCUCCAGCUCAGCUUCAUGCUGCUCACGUUUGCCUUCACUACACGGUUGGGUUCAGGAUUCAGUCCUGCAGACACGGUGGCCAUCAUGUUCUGCUCCACACACAAGUCUCUCACUCUGGGAAUCCCGAUGUUGAAGAUCGUGUUCGAGGGCUACGAGCACCUCUCCCUGAUCUCGGUCCCUCUGCUGAUCUACCACCCGGCUCAGAUCCUGCUGGGCUCCGUCCUGGUGCCCACCAUCCGGAGCUGGAUGACCAGCCGCCAGAAGUCUAGUCUGUUGUUGAGGUAGGGCCGCAUUCCAACACUGUACUGCCCCGAGCUGUGAAGCUGUCGACUCUUCAGCCCAUCUGACCAGGAAGCUAAUCAGUGUUUUGAUCUGCACCAGUGUGUGUUUGUGCUGGCGGACUUUGGCGGAGGGAUACGGUAGAAACGUGCCUUAUUACAACAAUCAACAGAGACCUCAGCGGGACCAUUCGCCUUGAUAUUUCACAGUUUCUACAACAAUGAAGAACUCACAUUUCCAUCAUAUGUAUUCUUUUAUAUUUAAUAGAAGCAGAAGUUUUAUUUUUAUAUAAAAUACCCAAAAAUUCCUGCAAAAUGAGGAAUUGACAGCUGUUUUUUAAAAGACAAAUCAAUUGUUUGGUUUGAAAAACAGCACAGGACGAUGUUACUGGGACCAUAUCUUCUUCUUUUUUUUUUACUUUUCCUGCUCUUUUCUACUUUUUCUACUCUUUUUCUCCUCGCUGUCACUGCCAGAAGAUUUGGACAUUUGUUACAUUCAUGUUCUUUAUAUAAACCAACUAAUGCUGGAUUAUGUGAAGUCUAAUAUACAGAAUUAUAAUGAAAGUUGUUUCUGAAA